AGUCCAAAAACAGCCAGAGACCAGUGUUUGGGAAACCCUGGCCCAAAGCAUCCAGGGAACCACGGUUUGUUAAGGGAUCUGGGAACUGUAGUUUUGUGAAGGGCAAAACUACAGUUCCCGGGCUUCUUAAAAUCCAUGUGCUUUUAAGUGAAUAUUACAUGCACAGCCAGCCUGUCUCCUCUGCUGUUCUGCCUGUGGGUUUUUUCUUUUCUUUCGCACUUGUCUGCAGCACCCGCUGCUGUUCCCCUCCUGCCUUUGUCCUGGAGCCAAGGCAGACUUAAUUUAGCUCCCCUAAUCUUUCCCUCUCUGCCACUAGCCAGUACCUUCCCUCUUUUUUAAAAAAGAAGUUUGUUCCUUUCCCUCAGCUCCAAACAGCCUUUAUCUCCUCUCGAAAGACCAGGGAGGCCCAGCCAUACGGAUCCUGAGGGGUAGGUGUGAGGGGCUGUACGGGGCAGGUAGCAAAGCAAUUCCCCCACCCCUUUUCUGGGGAAAGGAGACAAGAAGACCCCAAGGGCACUGCUGUUGGGCAGGAACAGCCAUGGACUUGUGGUUCCUUCUGCCUCUGUGUGGGAUCUUGAUAAGAUCUGCAGUAGCAGAACCAGCACAACCCAAUGACAUUCCACAUGACCCAUUCAAUUAUGAUUACCACUCGCUGAGAAUCGGGGGGCUGGUUGUUGCUGUCGUCCUGUUCCUGCUUGGCAUUCUCAUUGUGCUCAGUCGACGUUGUCGCUGCAAGUUCAACCAGCAACAGAGGACGGGUGAACCUGAUGAGGAGGAGGGAGCCCUGCGCAGCUCAAUUCGGCGUUUAUCCACAAGGAUGAGAUAGAAGAAGCUAAAACUGGCUGCUCCUGACAUGUCGUUCCCCCCCAUGAUCCAGAGUGUUCCUGUCUCUGCACUGCACACAGCCCUCGCCUCCCUGCUCCCCAGCAAGCCGCCUGCCUUUUGCACCAAACCUGGCAAAUGCCAGGCCUGCUGUCUUCGUGGUGAUCCCAGCCUAACUUGGAAGUGCUUAGCUUGCUGCGAGACUCCGAUUUCCCUCACAGAGAGAGAGAGAGGGGUUGCCGUCCAGCACAUUUUGCUCAAGCUUAGUCCUGAUCCUAGGCGAUGGGGGAUACAAAUUCUGCCUUCCUGGUGCCCAAACGGUUACGGUGAGACUUCCCAAGAGCGGUGGUAGAAAUGAUUUUCAGACAUAUCUAGGCAUAAAGGCUGGCAGCUCUGUCCAUGAAAAGAAAGCAGAAGGGGUGUUCUUGUUCCAGAGAAGCUCAUCCAAAGUGGGGUGUUGCUUCCAUUGGCCUUUCAGAUUGUCACUCGGUGCAAGUGCAGAGUGCAGAGUGCAAGGCAGCAAGGCAGCCUUUUCUGACUCGGUGCGUUCCAGAUCUCGUUGGACUCCCAAUUCCCAUCAAACCUGGCCAGCGUGCCCACUGGCCAGGGAUGAAGGGAGUUGCAGUCCUGACAACAUUUGGAAGGCACUGUUUUGGGGGAAGCUGCAGGAGAGCACUGUCUCCAGAAGUUGUUGGCACCUGUCUGUCUUGAGAGACAACGGAGUGCGCCUCGGGGGUGAAGUCUAAUCGCUGCGUUAGCAGCACCAGAGUGACCUCCCUGGGGCACAAGCCCGGGCAAUGUGUAUGAAGGUCCCGGGCUGCCCAGUUGGCAAGACCCCUCUCGGCCUUGCUGACGUGGCCCAAAGGAAAGCAGAGCAAUACAUUUGACAGCAGCUUGGCCGUAGGAGUUGCUGGACAGAGGCAUACAAGGCACCAUCCAACCACCUUGGGAACUGCAGAUUUGUGUAGGGUUUACUCCUUAGCCUUGUCUUCUGAAGAUAUCCCUCAAGGCAGCAGAUGUUGAGGAUCAGAGUCUUCCUUCUCCUGGAUGGGCUGCCUUUCCAAGUUGACAAGGAGCCCCAUUUGCCCCUCACUUCCCUCUGCAGGAUGUGCAGAAAUCGCCUCCUUGACCAUUGGGCCCACUAUUGGUCUCAUCCACCCAAACUGCUGGAGCCUGUCUUCAUAUGCAGGGGAAGUCCUUAACUCCCUGAGGAUUUGAGACCCAUCGGCUACCCUUGCCUGGUUUAGCUGGCCACUUGAAGCCAUUUCCCAGAGUGUGGCUGCUGUCAUGCUGACAGCUUCUAGGAGCCACGCAUGAGAGCUGAGUGCAGGGUGGGGCACAAAGCUGAACAAACUACCCCAGAAGGAGCACAAUGUGUCCCCCAUCAGAGGUACUACCCCUCUCCUAACACCCCACCCCCACGCCCAGGAAGAGGGUGAUGAAUAAUGCAGCCCUAACCGUGAGGCUCCCUAACCAGGAUUUUGCAAUUCCCCUAGAGCCUUUUUUUUGUAUUUAGCAGCUGCAGCCACAAGACGUAGCGGGGAAUGUUCAUUUUGUUCCUGUCUGGUGGAGUGUGAGUUCCCAGCCCUGCCAAAUGCACAAUCAUACACUCUUAUAAAUGGGAAGGGAGUAUGAGAUCUUUUUUUUCUUACGAGAGUAAACUGAGGCUUUUCUUUCUUGAACAAAAAAUAGUGACAGUUUCGACAGGAUGAAGAAGCUCUGGCUUUAUUUCUAGCUUUAUUUUUGCCAAGACCUUCCUACAGCCAGUGCAGAAUAUCCAGCUGUUGAGCUAGCUGGAUCUAACCAACCAGGGAUGCGGGAGCCGUAACCCUUCCAGAUGUGAUAGGACUCUCAACUCAAUUGCCUAUGGUAACUGGGGCGGAUGGGAGUCCAGCUCCAAAUUAGAGUGCCACGUCUUCCCCAUCCUUAGCCUAAAUCUUUGCCUGUGCCAUAGCAAUGCAACCUGGCUCUGAAAAUCCAGACCUGAACUGGAAAUCUACUCCCAAGUGCGGAUGCUUCAAAUAAUAAAACCUGGAGGCAGAAAGUAAUUCCCGCCUUUGGCCUGAGUGUGUACGCUAGUUCUCCUGUUAAACCGCCUUCGCCUGCUUGGAAAAAUGACUCUCAGUUGUAGGCUAACCUUGCUGCGUGCUGUAUCAUUUGAGGUGACCUGCGUUCUCUUGCAGCAGAGCAGUGUGGUCUCUUUCCAGCAGAGGGCAGUGCUAUAACAUUCACCUGCUUCAGUUCCCUCUAGGGCUAGGCUGUGUAGGAGGAGCAGGUGUGGGUGGCACCUGUCAAAGCUUAAUGCCUGAUGCUUUUUGUACUGCUGGCCCUUAGGAAAGCUCUCCACUGAGCCCUGUCCCCCUGGUUUCGCUGACCCCUUUCUGUGUUUCUGACCUUUUAUGUCUGCCAAGUCUCUUCCACGACAUUAAAAUGCUACUUUCUCCAGCUGC